CCUUAUAAAACGAACCUCAAUCCAAUUUGUAAAUAAAUUCAUAUAAAACCGUAUCUGGCCAAUUGGAAGUUAGUGAAAAUAGGAAGAAUGUCAUUUCCAAAUAAAGAGGAGAGAACGAAAUGCUGGUCAUCGAGGGAUGAUUUUUGGAAAUGUUUAGAUGCAAAUAAGAUCAAUGAAACAACACCGACAGGACCCUGUGCAGAUUUCAGGAAGAUGUAUGAGCAAUCAUGCUCUCCGCAAUGGGUGAAACAUUUCGAUAGAAAACGAAGUUACUUGCAGUUCAAAGAAAAGAUUGAAAAGCAUGGGUAUGAACCUUUAGAAAAUAAAUAGACACAAUUAUAUAUAUAGAUAUAUU